CUCUGUCCAACCCCACGUCCUUGCCUUCUGACCACUCCUGUUUUUCAUUCUGAAGGCCCUGGACCAGUCAAGUCACAAGAUAUACUUGGGCCUAGCUUGAUCCUGAUGGUCAUGCAUGCUCUGUACCAAGAAAUUUUACCUCCCAGUGGUGUAGAAUUUGCGACCAGUCUCAAGUUGACGCCUUCUACGGGCAAGGAUUGGGAGCUUUCAGUGCCACCGAACGCGUCAACACGCCACGAAUUGACAGCCAGGGUCCUCUGCAACGUCGUUAUUGCACGAUCCAAUAUUCUACGGAUAUUCGAGGUCCGCGAGGAACUGGCAACCAUUUCAGCUCAGGACGAAGAGGAACGAGAGAAGAAUGGCAAGAUUCGGAAGGACACCGAAGCGGUUGAAAGUGAAGUGUCUAUGGACAGGCAAGGAGAGGGCUUCGUGAAUAUAGCCAAGUCAAGCUCUCAAAAGGCCUCUGUUCAAACCGUUACCAAGUUUUACUUUCUACGAGAACAUCGCCUGCAUGGCAUUGUAACCGGAAUGUCGGGAGUGAGACUGAUGGCCUCCUUAGACGACAAACUGGACCGUCUACUGAUCUCAUUCAGAGACGCUAAGAUUGCUCUAAUGGAAUGGUCGGAUGCUGUUCAUGAUCUCAUGACAGUGUCGAUUCAUACAUAUGAGCGUGCACCCCAAGUUAUGUUCUCGGAAUCUGGCCUCUUUCGAGCAAACCUUCGGGUCGAUCCUCUCUCUCGCUGUGCUGCUCUGUCGCUCCCGAAGGAUUCACUUGCAAUCCUCCCGUUCUAUCAGACACAGGCAGAACUUGAAGUGAUGGACCACGAUCACGAUCACAUGCAAUCGCGGGAUAUACCAUAUUCACCGAGUUUUAUACUGGAUCUUCCUGCGUCUAUAGACAAGAAUAUUAAACAUGUCGUCGAUUUCUCUUUUUUGCCUGGCUUCAAUAACCCUACUAUGGCGGUACUUUUCCAAACACAACAGACAUGGGCCGGCCGUCUUAAAGAAUUCAAAGAUACGUUUCGACUGGUUAUCUUCACGCUGGAUAUCUUGUCACAAAACUUUCCCAUAAUCACGUCUGUCGUUGGUCUUCCCUAUGACUGUCUUUCCAUACUACCCACGACUACAGUAUUGGGCGGGGUCGUCGUUGUCACUAGCAAUGCCUUGAUCUACGUCGAUCAAGCCGCUCGUCGUAUUACCCUCCCGGUUAAUGGAUGGGCCUCCAGGACGAGUGAUCUCCCUUUCAUGACUCCACCUGGACAAGAAGACCGUGAUUUAUCACUUGAAGGCUCCCGUUCCGUGUUUGUAGAUGACAAAACCCUUUUUAUCACCCUCAAAGAUGGAACUGUUUAUCCUGUAGAGAUCGUCGCGGAUGGCAAGACCGUAUCAAAACUGGUCAUGUCUGCUGCUAUUGCACAGACGGCCGUUCCAAGUCUCAUGAAAAAGUUGGAUGACCAGCACAUCUUUAUCGCAAGCAUGGUUGGACCGUCAGUUUUGGUCAAAGCUACGAAGGUUGAAGAAGAGGUAGAUGACGAUGAGGCUAUGGAUACUGUGCCUACGACGGUGGUAGACAUAUCCACCGUCAUGGAUGUUGAUGAUGAUGACGAUAUUUAUGGUUCUUCAACGAUUCCAGAACCUGAAGUCAACGGAGCUACUAAUGGAGUCACCAAGAAAAAGCGGACUGUGAUACACCUCUCUCUGUGUGACACUCUAUUUGCAUAUGGUCCGAUCUCUGGCGUCGCAUUCUCAGUGGCUAAGAACGGUGAUCGGUCUGUACCCGAACUAGUUGCCGCUACAGGUAUCGGCCCUCUUGGAGGUUUCACGCUCUUCCAGCGGGACCUUCCUUUUAGAACCAAGCGUAAGCUCCAUGCUAUCGGAGGCGCUCGGGGGAUGUGGUCGCUUCCAAUUCGACAGCCAGUCAAGUCGGGCGGUGUCACCUUUGAGCGACCCAUUAACCCAUUUCAAGCGGACAAUGACACGCUUAUCAUUAGUACUGACGCUAAUCCAGCUCCUGGUCUGUCACGAAUUGCAAUAGCUUCUGUCAAAAACGAUAUUUCUUUCAUUACUCGUAUACCUGUGACAACGGUGGGUGCAGGGACUUUCUUCCAGCGCACUGCCCUUCUCCAUGUUAUGACUAACGCCAUUCGAGUCUUGGAGCCUGAUGGUACCGAAAGACAAAGUAUCAAAGACAUGGACGGCAACACACCGCGUGCCAAAAUUCGAGCUUGCAGUAUUUCAGAGCCCUUUGUUCUAAUACUGCGAGAGGACGACUCCAUCGGUCUCUUCAUUGAGACUGAUCGAGGAAAGAUCAGGCGUAAGGAUAUGUCUCCUAUGGGUGAUAAGACCUCAAGGUACCUGACCGGAUGCUUCUUCACUGAUUUCAGUGGCGUAUUUGAACACGCCCUCGAAAGCAGUGCUGCAGUCCCUAACAACGCUAUGAGCGAAAAGACAUCAACGUUACAAAGCGUCGUGAACUCGGGUCACCGAACGCAAUGGCUUCUUCUCGUUCGGCCUCAAGGCAUUCUGGAGAUAUGGGCUUUACCAAAGCUAAUGCUUGUGUUCUCCACCAGUGCCAUCUCUACGCUUCAAAAUAUUCUCACAGAUUCGCAUGAUCCUCCUUCGUUGUCUGUGCCCCAGGAUCCUCCUCGCAAGCCUCAGGAUCUGGAUAUUGAACAGGCACUUGUGGCACCACUAGGAGAGUCGACUCCCCAGCCUCAUCUUUUCGUGUUCUUGAGGAACGGACAAAUGGCUGUAUAUCAAAUUCUCCCCGCCGGUUCAGCUGCUGAAACGCCAUCAUCCCCUCGGGCUUCGACCCUGAAGAUAAAAUUUGUGAAAACAUACUCCAAGGCGUUUGAGAUCCAGAGGUCUGAGGAAACCGAAAGGAGCGCUAUUGCUGAGCAAAAACGUAUCUCACGAACAUUUAUUCCGUUCGUUACCACUUGUAGUUCGGGCGCAUCAUUUUCUGGCGUCUUUUUCACCGGUGACAAUCCUAGCUGGAUUAUCGCCUCGGACAAGGGCGGUGUUCAACUGUACCCAUCGGGCCAUGGUGUCGUCCACUCCUUCACUCCUUGUUCGCUAUGGGAGUCGAAGGGAGACUUCCUUAUAUACUCAGAAGAGGGACCCAGCUUACUAGAAUGGAUACCAGACUUUCACUAUGAAAGCUCUAUUCCGACGCGAUCUGUUCCAAGGGGUCGCUUCUACUCCAGUGUAAUUUUUGACCCCUCAACAUCCUUGAUCGUUGCAGCUUCAUCUUUGGAAGCGAAAUUUGCUUCUUUCGACGAAGACGGCAACAAAGUGUGGGAGCCUGACGCUUCGAACGUAGGGUAUCCUAUGACAGAUUGCUCAACUCUCGAGUUGAUAUCCCCGGAUCUAUGGAUAUCCAUGGAUGGCUUCGAGUUCGCCUCAAAUGAAUUUGUCAACGCGACUUCUGUCGUGUCUCUGGAAACGUCAAGCACCGACACUGGUAGCAAGGACUUCAUCGCUGUUGGCACUAGUAUUAAUCGUGGAGAGGAUCUCGCUACGAAAGGAUGCACCUACAUCUUUGAGAUUGUUGAAGUAGUACCCGAUCAAAAGUCUGCGUCGAAGCGGUGGUACAAACUCAGGUUGCGCUGUCGCGAUGAUGCAAAAGGCCCGGUAACAGCGAUUUGCGGCUUCAAGGGCUAUUUGGUUUCAUCCAUGGGUCAAAAGAUCUUUGUUCGGGCUUUUGAUUCGGACGAACGCCUCGUGGGCGUUGCUUUCCUCGAUGUUGGGGUAUAUGUGACUUCGCUCAGAAGUCUUAAAAAUCUUCUCCUCAUCGGCGAUGCCGUAAAGAGCGUUUCUUUUGUCGCAUUUCAGGUUCGCUUCCGAUCCCUCAGCCGCUUUAUUAAGUUGAUCGUCACUCUUAAGGAGGACCCCUACAAACUUGUUGUUCUUGCUAAAGAUCUCAACCACGUUUGUGUGACCAAUGUUGAUUUCUUCUUCCAAGAAGACACUAUGUCGAUUGUCACUUGUGAUGAAGAAGGCGUAAUACGGAUGUACGAAUAUAAUCCACAAGAUCCCGAUUCCAGAGAUGGUCGUUCCCUAUUGCUCCGGACAGAGUACCAAAGUCAGGCUGAAUAUCGGGCUUCAGUGAUGAUUGCCUAUAGGAGGAAUGGGGCUUUGAUUCCAGAAGCCAAGUUAAUAUAUGGUUCGACGAAUGGAUCAAUCGCCUCGUUGACUCCUUUGGACGAACCUGUGGCUAAGAGAUUACAAUUACUGCAAGGUCAGCUAACGCGCAACAUUCAGCAUGCUGCUGCCUUGAACCCCAAAGUGUUUCGCAUCGUGCGAAAUGAUUUCGUUUCCCGGCCACUUACGAAAGGAAUUCUGGAUGGGAACUUGCUGGAGCAUUUCGGAGCAUUGUCAACGACGAGACAGGUUGAAAUGACACGACAGAUUGGAACGGAGAGAACCGUCAUUUUGCGCGAUUGGGUUUCUUUAAGUGAAGUUUGGUAAUUUUACGUUUGUAGUCCUGAUCAAUAUACUUGAUCCUACUUGAGCGGGACUGCAGUUUUUUCGUAACCGGUACAUAAUUUGCAUGAAAGCUCUUCAUGGCAACAAUACUGCCUAUACAUGUUACAUCUCAAGAUCUGAAUAGC